AUGCUCGACGCUGAACUCCAACUCCUGGACAGCGUCAUCCGCGACGAAAGGCUUCUAUGGUCGCUGUUCUUCCCCAAUAGUACCCCCGACCCCGUCAGAACAGCUCACGCCGCGAAUUUGUGGCCGCCCUUCAUCACGGCUCCAACCAAACUCGAACUGUUUGAAUACAUCACAGCGGCCUUGGUGAUUUCCGAUGACUUGGGCGUUGGCAGCGAGUGUAGGAGUCGCAUUCACGCGCAAAUUCAUGCCAAGAUGGCGCAGCUCGUCGAAGAUACGGCGAAGUUGAUCGUCGCGGGGCGGCUGCCUAGAUUGAAAGACCUCAUACCAGAGGUGAAGACCACGAAGUUGCGGAGAAGCAGUGGCAAGGAAAACAAGAGGGGCAAAGCAAGCCACCGAAGGGGAACAACUGUAAAUAAGGACACCAAUAAGCACAUGUCGAUUUGUACAAUUGAAUUCGUAAAGCGAUGGAUCACGUAG